GGCUAUCUGUGGUGGGGAUUAGAUUUUGCCGAAAUGGCGGUACCUUGUAAUGUUGUAGAUAUAGAUGUAGGUGGCAAAGAAAGUAGGUACCCUUUUUGGCUAAGAUGGAGUCGCACUUCAAAUGAACACUUAAAAGAGGCAGAAAAGAAGCUGAUAUCACGAAUUAAAAGCAAUGUUGAGGCUUUCUUUGUGCCUAUUUUUAAUGGAUCUUGUUACAUCCGUACAUUUGUAUGCCGUGGAUUUAAAAGUAGUCAGCCAGCGCAUGAAAACAAAGUGAACAAUGAAAAUGUUUUACCCAUUGUGCUCAUCCAUGGCUUUGGUUCUGGUUCUGCUCUUUGGUGUAAAAAUAUUGACGCGCUUGCACACUAUCGCACUGUAUAUUCGUUAGAUGUUUUAGGUUUUGGAAGAAGUUCUCGGCCCAGUUUCCCUGCUGAUGCUGUUGCAGUUGAAGAGAAAUGGGUUGAGUCUAUUGAGGAAUGGAGAUCAUCUUUAAAUAUCGAAAAGUUUAUUUUGCUCGGCCAUAGCCUAGGUGGAUUCUUAGCCUGCUCCUAUUCACUUACGUACCCUCAAAGGGUUGCGCAUUUGAUCUUAGCAGAUCCUUGGGGUUUUGUCGAAGACCCCCUGAAAGCCAAAGAACAUUCAAAUGUUGGCUUAGCUCAAGCAUGGAUGUUUUCAACCAUACGGCAUAUAUUCCGCCCAUUUAACCCUCUCACUUUCCUUCGGGCUGCUGGACCCUUUGGUCCCACUUUGAUUCACCAUUUCCGUCAAGACCUUAGGGGAUUUUUUGACCAGAGACCAAUACGAGAUGGAGAGAUAUUGGAGAUACCUCCAGAAGAACAACUUAAGUCAACAGGAUCCAUGUCAUUUGAUGAUCAAAUUCAAUCGACUGAUGGUGAAGAUAAUGGUGCGUUUGAGUUAUCUUCCACUGAAGACAAGACGUUGAAGACUAGUGCUACUCAUAAAACUACUUCUGGUUCAGUGGGUUCCCUAGGCUUUGAUGAUCUAGAUGGCUCUGUGGCACUGGAUUACGUUUAUCACAUUAACUGUCAACAUCCAAGUGGAGAAGCGGGAUUUAAAUCAUUGUGUAGUUCUGUUGGAUGGCCUCAACGACCCAUGUUAGAUAGAAUUGCUCAACUCGAUGCUUCUCUUCCUGUCACUUUCAUUUAUGGUUCUCGAUCAUGGAUGGAUAUGUCAUCUGGACAUAAAACUCGUGCUCUUCGUCCUAAUUCCUAUGUGGAUGUAAAAGUGAUUGAAGGCGCUGGACAUCAAGUCUAUGCACAAAUGUCAGAAGAAUUCAAUGCUUAUGUAAAUAAAAUUGGACAACGUGUUGACAAUAAUGAUCCAUUCACUCCAGGUGAUUAUUGUCCACCUGUAAAUAAUUCUAAGCAGAUGAACAAUCCGAAUGAAAACACAAAUUCUCCAACUGAUAAUAGCAAUCGUUCAACUAAAGGACAUAAUGGUCGAAUUCGUCGUAAACGAUCCUCUGUCGCACUGGUCACUCAAGAUACAUCGUCACAUCUAUAUGGACGUUUAAAUCACAACGGUAAUUCAGAUGCUAAAAAUGUAGAGAAAGAUGCAGAAGCCAGUGAUGAAGCCUCUGAUUGAUUAAAAACACACAACCACCGGUUCUGAUUUCAUCAUAUCUUCAGAUUUAUUCACGCAUACACACACACACACACUGUGUACAUUGCUUUCUCUGGCCUGUUACUUUUCUAACUUACUAAACAGAGUUUCUUAAAGUGGCUUAACGCUUCCGCUUACCUUGAUGAUAACCAAACAACCGAGCCUGACUGAUUAACUUAGUAGUAGUGUGUAGUCUUUCCUCACUGCUUACAUAUGAAGCACACAUACAAUAUAUAUAAAUGUACAACGUUCGAUUCUAUUCGUAUGCUUGCGCUCUGUGUUUAAUUUAUAAUAAUAAAAAUAUUUUUACCUAAUAUUAGCUUUUAUUCACUCAGUAACAGCUUCAAAAUAAUUUUAUUGUUGCUGCGUUUCUUUUAUUUUCUUUUUUGUUUUUUAAUAAAAAACCAUUUGCGGUUAUUUCAAACUGGCUUUCAAUAUUUUACACAAAAUCAUACAGAUUAUUGUUAUUAUUACUAUUAUCUCUAUUUAAGAAAAGAUUUUAAUAUUUCGGUUAAUUUUUUUAAUAUUUAAUAUGCUAUUUACUGUAGUAGAUGCGCGCUUAUUAUGAAAAAAGGCAAGACGGUGUUGAUUAGAGAACACAAUUAAAUUCUCUCACCCCCUGUAAACUGUUAUUUUCCUCUCCUCAUUUUUUUGUUUUUUGUAAUUUUAUUCAGAGAAACAAAACACACACACACAAACAUACGUUGUCUUUCCAGGCUAUAUAUAGUUUUUCUCCAGAUGCCUUUUGAAACAUGAUCUUUUGAUCAUUGUGUUUUUCAAAAAACAUUCCACUAUUGAAUAUAAUAUAAUAUGGACCAAUAUAAUAUAUGUGGACCAAUGAAACCCCCUCCGACCCCUGACCCCCACUCACCCACGCACUCUCCCCAGGUACGGGAGAAAAUUACACUUCCAGUUUCUAAUUUUUUGUUUUAAAAAAAGAAAAUUUCACUUCAAUACUUUUAUUGUUUCCCCCCAACCCUCUCAUUAUUCGAUGUCUUUUACUAUUAUUAUUAUGAUGAUGAUGAAGGCUAUUCGAUUAUUUUAUUUUUAUUUCUUUCAAUUUUAUUCGACAGUUCUUAUAUGAUUGUACACUUGGUUCCUUUUAGUUUUGUGCGAAUUGAGACUAGUAAAAAAUAUUCAGCUUUGAAUACAUAUACAUAUAUACCCUCAGUGAUAUAGAUUGUUUAUCAAUAAAAAAAAUUGUUAGCUUGCUCUGGAAUAUUACCUGAAGUGUUUUUUGAAAUCCGUCUCAUUGUCUGUCUGUCUGUCUCUCUGUCUAUCUAUUGUCAUGCUUUCAACGAUGGUAGUUAGGCUGCGUUUGGU